AUGGCCUCGACGAUCGCGAUCAUCGUCAAGGCCACCGCAGACGCCCGGCAGCAGCUCGACUCGACGACGACCGCGACGUCCUGUGGAGAUGGCUGCACGGCCGUCGGUGAUGAGACCACGAGCGUUCCCUGCGCGCUGCGCAUUACAGCGAUAGGCUUUAGCGGUGCGACAACGGACGUUGUUGAACGCCUCGAUUGGUUCACCUUCUUGAGCGACCUGGACUUGGCGAUGAACACCUACACGCUCCAGCUCGUGAACUGCGCAUCGGGCUUCUACGUCCUGUACCCGUUCCAGCUCACGAUCCGGCGCGAUGUGCACCCGCCCGUCAUUGGUGAAUUUGUUCUGGGCUAUGCCAACACGAGCCACGGAAACGCCACACAGAGCGACGACACCCAUCUGCUCCCAUGGCUCGACUCUAUGGUGCUACCCCUGGAUUGGGUAUAUUUCGCUAUCGUACUGGCCGUGGUGGGCGCCGCGUCCAUGCUCUGGGUCGUAUUGCAGCGGCAACGCUAUGUGCCAGAGAGCAUCAAGGUGUCCUCCGCGUCGCACCGCAUUGCGCCCGUUGUCGACGCUAGCGGCGCGAGUCCUCUAUCACGACCGGAUACAUCUAGCGACAAGAUCAAGAUCAUUCCGCUCUCAGACACGACGUCGCUGAAGACACCUACGAGCGCGCGAAUCUGCGGCCCCGACGACGAGUCUCUUCUCGUUCCCGUCUUUUCCGACCAAGGGCCGAGCGCCGAGGACGCGGAGAAGGCCAAGCUCGCGCAGGAAUGCGUAGCCAUGCUGGUGGCGCAUGGGUACCCCCGCGCGUCCGUGGCCGAGAUCCCGAUCUUUGAGCGCGUCGUGGGCGGCCUCGUCUUCUGCCUCCAGUCGGAAGAACUGACGAGCGUCGACUGCGACAUCCUCUUCCGCCCCGUCGCGAGCGUCAAAGAGCGUGUUCGCGUUGCAGAGGCCAUCUGUGACAGCUUCAACACCGCGCUGCAGUCGUACACACAAGCCACCAACUCCAAGACGACGCUCAACUUGAGCGUCCACGAGCUGCAAGGGGCCAACUACGAAAAGCUACGCCAAGUCGUCGCGUGGCUCGUUCAGCACACACAGCUCAAGCUCAACACACGCGUUGCGAGCGCGAUUGAGGCUCAGUGGCGCACGGUCUCUGCACCAUCGCCCGUCGUUCGUCCUCGGGCCCCAACGUACGCGGUUUCCCGCCGGUCCAAGUUUCAUGCGCCGGGAAAGUCUCUUUCGGAGCAAGAGCGCAUCCAGCGUUGCCUUCUCGAGUACGGCGAGAAGACGACGGCGCGCGUCGUGCGCAUCGCGCAUCCCAGUCCGUCCACGGACGAGCCCAAGGGAUUUCUCCACGACAUUGCCAAGCAGGCAAUGGCAGCGCAGCUGCGUCGGUUGGCGUCCAGCUCCGUGGCGACACCUCUCACAGAGUUUGACCGACAGUACCAGACUGCUGCGUCCGAGGCGUUGGCCGCCGAAGAGCUAGCAUUGCAAGAAGACAUGGUGCGCGAGGAAGAGUUGCUUCGCGUUGCCACUGUAGCGCAGGAACGUUCAUGGCGUCACACUGGCGUCGCGGACCUCGAGGCGGUUGACGCGGCCGUCGCGCUAUACGAUACGACGUCCGAGGACAUUCGGAGCCGCAGCUGCCCCGAAGAAGCGGCAGCACUGAGUCUCGUCGCGGAGACGCAGCGACUCGAGCGCAAGGCGCAGCGCCUGACGACCAAGUUCGACGCACAAGCAACGCUCGUGGCGCAGCUGCAAGCGACCCAUGCGCGCCUCGUCGACGCCGCCCCUGUCGCGCAAAUGGCGUGUGCGACGCUGGACGAGACGCGCGCUGAGCUUAAAGCUCGCGAGGCAGCGAUCGCGGCAGCCGAAGACGCCAGCAAUGAAACAAGCUCCGACUUGGCAAAAUUGCGCGAGCUCAUUUCCUUGCACACGAGUUUAAAGCUCCAAGAGGCGACCUUCAAGGCGGCCUGCAAGCAAGAGCUCACGGACCUUCAGGCGCGAGUGGACGCGCUGCCAGGCUUUGAGACCGAUGUUCGCCGUGCGCGCCUCGAGGCCAAGCUAUCUGUUCUCGCUGCCAAGCGCACAGCGCUCAAACAAGAGGUUGGAAAGGAGGCGCGGGCCGUCGUUGCUGCGCUGCGGCUCCUUGACGACAUUCCCUGCAAGGCCGAGCUGCUGCAGUACGAGAAGCGGUUCAUGGAGCUCUACGAAGAGGUGGCGCUGACGCUGGAAGAGACCCGCAAGUACUACUCGGUGUACAACACCCUCGAGGCGACGCAUGAGUACCUCGAGAAGGAAGUCGCGCUGGUCGAGAGCAUCAACGCCAACUUUGAGAUUGCGCUCAAGUCCAAGGCGGCAACCGACAUCUUCUUCAGCCAGAUGACCGCCGUCAUUGGCAACGUGCGCGCCAACGUCGCCAAGCAGCAGGUGCAAUGUGACGCCAAGCAGCUCACGGUCGACACACUCGACAGCAAGUAUCAGCUGCUGCUGGGCAAGCAACAGGCGUACUUGGCUGCCAUUCGAGACUUUCAGCGCGAAUGCGAGAAGAACGAGAAGCUCCUCGCACACCUUCAUGCGCCGCAGUAACCGUAUGCGCAAGUUCGUUUGCGACUUCGUAAUCGGAACCGACGCUGUUUGCACUCAUAGCUCUGGGAGAACCACCAAGGACGUGGAGG